AUGUGCGGCACAGGCAUGCUUCUCACGGAAGCACCAAAGGGUGCCUUUGUCGUAGGAUGCGACGUCGAUGCCACCAUGGUGCGCCGGGCUUUCGAGCACUUCCGUUCGCUUCGCCACCCGCGCUGGGCGCUGCUGCAUGCGGAUGCUGAGCGCCUGCCGCUGCCAGAUGCUUUUGCAGACGUUGUGCUUUGCGACCUUCCCUUUGGAAGACAGUUUGGUAGUGUCGAGGGCAACAAGGAGAGUUAUCCGAAGUUGCUGCGAGAAUUCCGCCGCGUUUUGAAGCCCGCUGGCCGUUGCUUCAUGCUGACUUCCGCCGAAAACGAGGCGACUCUUGCGAAGGCGGCCGAACCUUGGACCACUAUUGCCAGGGCAACAUGGAAGCUGGGCAACAAGCUCCCCGCGAUCGUUCUCGCUCUCACCCCAUCGGAUGUUGGUGCUUCUUACAGCCUGGACGUAUUCAGCUCAAAGGCCGGGCGUUUCUCGGUCCAACGGAAGUCUGCGAAUCCUGAGCUGCAGUUCUGCCGCGCCGAUGUCGAAGAGCAGAAAGAAAGGAUGUGGACCUAA